GUUCACUGAGGCUCUGAUGAAGAAGGUUGUCGAGCAGAUAAACAUUAAUGCAGGACUUAAAGGUGAACUGCUGGAAGUCAGAAAGACAAGUCAGAUGGGAGCCGAUCAUGCAAAUCAGAGCAGAGAGAGUCUCAGGAUGGUUCUUGUUGGGAAGACUGGCAGUGGAAAGAGUUCUUCAGGAAACACCAUUCUGGGAAGAAAAGAGUUCAUCGCCAAAUCCAGUCAAAUUUCAGUCACCAAACGUUGUCAGAAGUCAGUGGGUGAAGUGGACGAACGUCCUGUUGUCGUGGUCGACACUCCUGGACUGUUUGACACAACGUUGUCUAAUGAUGAAGUAACUGAAGAGAUGGUGAAAUGCAUCAGUCUUCUGUCUCCAGGACCACAUGUCUUCCUGCUGGUGGUGCAGAUCGGCAGAUUCACACCAGAGGAGAAGGAAACAUUAAAAUUCAUCAAAGAAGGUUUUGGAAAGAACUCGGAAAAGUUCACUAUCAUUCUUUUCACAAGAGGAGAUUCACUAAAACAUGAGAAUCAGUCCAUUGAAGAUUACAUUCAAACAGAAUGUGAUGAUUCCUUUCAGACGCUGAUCUCUGACUGUGGAGGAAGAUACCACGUGUUCAAUAACUAUGAUAAACAAAACCGAACACAAGUCAGUGAGCUGAUAACAAAGAUCGACACCAUGGUGAAGGAAAAUGGAGGAAGCUGCUUCACCAACGAGAUGCUGCAAGAAGCUGAAGCAGCAAUCCAGAAAGAAAUGAAGAAAAUCUUGAAGGAGAAGGAAGAAGAGAUGAAGGAGCUGGGAAGAAAACAUGAGGAAGAAAUUAAACGUGAGCUGAGAAAGAAAGAAGAAGAAAUCCGAGAAGAAGAAAAACGGAAACGAGAAUCAGAGGAAGAAAUACACAGACAGAACCUAAAAAAGGAACUUGAAAUAAGCCAGGAAAUCUGA